CGCAGCUCGACGCGAACGCUGGUGAUUGUUGUCGCGACUGUUGUGGCAAGAAAAAUCAGUGUGAAUCGCCCUGUUUGGACGAUAAUUUAUCACAGGUGUUAUUUGGAAUGUGCUGAAUGAAGAAAUUCAUACAGGGAGUCAAAAGUGUGGUAGGAAAAUUCUCGCUCCGCCGAUCGACCUAUAAAUAUGCCGCCUGUCUCAGUGUCAGGCAUCAGUCUAUUGUCUUACGUUCAGUCUUCAAGAACUCCAAGAAGUCCACUUCAAAUCCAAUCACCAUGAAGUUCAUCGUGUGCGCUCUCGUGCUCUUCGCCGUUGCUGCUUCCCAGGCCUCUCUUCUGGCUCAUCCCUACGCCUACUCCCACGGAGUGUGGCCCGCUGCCUCCCCCUACUGGGCCGGUGCUCACCUGGCCUACUCUGCUCCUCUCGCCUACGCCGCUCCGGCUCCCAUCCUGGCUCACGAAGGCAGCUACGUCGCCGCUAACCGCGGAUCCGUCCAUGUGGCUCCUCUGCCCGGUCAUCUGCACUCCGCCUCGUCCAUCAACCUGGCCCCUGCCCCAGGAACCUUGUAAAUGCAACCCGCCACUCCACGAGGAUGUUCCAUCGCCACCGUAAACAGUCAGAUAAUUUAUUUGUGAACUCAACAGAGAAAUUGGUAGAGAAAAUGUUUUGUGUGGAAUUAAAAGACAUUUCAAAGUAAA